AUGUAGUACAAAGUGAUGGACACUUUAAUUCACUCGUCCUAUUUUUAUGUGACCUUGACGUUGUCGGGUGGGUCCAACCCAUAUUCAGCUUCCCCGAUUAAUUCCACACAUAUUCAACAUUUCACUCAGCAUAAUUUCACUUCUGAAAACUUUUCCAAAAUGUCUCGACUUUUCGCCAUCUUGUUGUUGGUCGCGGCUGUGAUCGCUGUCAGCAGUGCACAAGUCAUUUAUUCUGGCUAUGGAGCGUACCCUGCCUACACCGGUUAUGCGUACAACACUGGAUACUAUCCAUCCGUCGGUUAUGCCACAUACUGGAAGAAAUAAACGUACUAAUCAUCCUCCAAAACCAUUUUAAGAUCCCCCGAUGACGAUACGGACCUCUCUUAUAAUCACAAUUUUUAAAGAUUUCUAACCAGAAAUUCAACCCUUCUUACUUGUCCAAUUAUUUUUGGACGUCUGAAAUAAAUUGGCGUAUACCUGCUCCUCCAAAAACGUAAAUGCUUCUGUACCAAGUUAAUUAACUAACUACACGCUAAAGAAUGCACUCCUCGAGAUGAUGAUACUGCAUUUAAUUAAACUUGUAAUGCAAGUCUGCUACAUAUGCACACCAUGCAAUCAAUAAGGAAAUGACAAUCACAAAGAUUUUGCCCAGGCCCAUAUUUUAUUUACGACUAGGCGUCGUUACUCAUUGCAUGAUUAGCUUAGGCAUCGCAUCGCAAACCUUAAGACGAGAUCAGACAAAGAGGUGAUCUGUAAAAGAUAAUGCGCUUUUUGCCGAUAAAAUAAACCUCCUCUCCAUAAUAGCGAUUCUUUGUGGUGUCAUUUUUUCCUCUCCAGCACAACAUCUCACCAAAUUGAAAUAAUUUCUUUGUUUGAUCAGUCAGAUACAUUUUACUGUCAAGCUCAUGAAAUUGCGUAACUCUUUAUACAAUUUUUCGUAUAAAUAGCCAAGCCAAGUCUGCAUUUGAUAUCACCAGCCUUUUACAACUCUUAAAACAAAUCUCCAGCUCCAAAGCCAAAAACCAACCUUCAAAAUGAACAAGCUUUUCGCCAUCCUUCUCCUCGCUGCCGUCGUUGCCAUGGCUUCUGCUCAAUACGUCUCGUACGGAGGUCUCGGAUAUGGUGCUUAUCCAGCCUACACUGGGGCUUACUCGUACGGCGCUUAUCCAGCCUACGGAUACUCUGGACUCGGAUAUGGUGGACUCGCCUACUACAAGAAGUAAACAGUUUUUCGAAAUGACCAAUUUUGUUAACUGACACCUUGUUUCUUUGUUAUCAAUUCGGACCGUCUCUCAAUUUGUAUUAUAAUGUUGCUUUUCAAAACGGUUGAAAAUGCCAUAUAACAUCAAAAAAUUUUGCUGCGAUUAGCAAAUAAAAACAACAUCUUGCGUUUUCAAAAUCCAA